AUGCUCUUCCGCCUGUCAGUGCACCCACCUCCUUCACCUGCCUUCCUUGAGGCCUGGGACCUGCGCUACAACCAGUUCACAGGGUCUUUGCCUAACUUCACAGCAUGGAACACCACAGGCUUGGCCAUACUGUCUCUGGACAGCAACAAGCUCUCAGGUUCCCUACCUGUGAAUAUCUCUGCUCUCACUCAGCUCAGUGCACUGUCACUGGGCAACAACGCCAUUACAGGGGCUGUCGCCAAUACUCUUGCCAACCUGACAUCCCUGGAGACUCUGUGGCUGUUUGGCAACAACCUCACAGGCACCAUCCCGUCCUCCCUCUGCAACCUCACGCGCAUGAACAGCCUGGUGCUACGGAACAACCUGUUUUAUGGGACCAUGCCCUCCUGCCUUGUCAACUUCGCCCAACUUAGAGACCUCGACGUGAGCAACAACUCGCUGACAGGCGUGGUGAACCGCAACAUGAAGGGCAUGAACCCCGGCUACAGCACGCUCAACAUUGCACACAACUUCUUCUAUGGCGACCCCACACUCUACGCCAACGGCACCCUCUACUGCCCCGACCAGGUGCAAUACAAUGCGAGCUUCCUGGACUUCCAGAUGACAGGGCGGGACUACACGUCUAGCGGCGGACAAAACGCAUACCGGCGCGGGCGGGCAAGUCUGAGCAGCAACUGCUUUGACAUGGCGGUGGCAGCAGAUAGCUGUGUGGCCAACGAGACACAGAAGACCGAUGAGGAGUGCCUGGCUUACUGCGGCCUCACUGCUUCGAACCUGCCUUGCGGGGGGCAUGGUGUUUGCGUGCCUGUUUCUGCUGCUGUGGCUGUUGGUGACGGUUCGGGUAAUGCACCUGCUGCUGCUACUGCUACUGCUGGUGGAAACUCGUCAGUAGCGGCUGACAGUGCGUACACGUGUGCAUGUGAUGAUGGGUAUUACCUGCUCUGGCUGGACAACGGCACUCCCACCUGCUCACUCACUCCUCCCCCUGCUGCACCGGCACCAGAAGCGCCACCGUUGUCCACGGGCGCCAUCAUUGCCAUUGUGGUGGGCGGCUGUGUUGCGCUUGCCAUUGUCGCUGCUGCUGUGGCUGCUGUGCUCAUUCUCCGGAAACAGAAGAAGAGACGCACGUGGACGGAUCUGGACGUGUGCAAGGAGUACAGCAUAGAGGAGGUGCGCACGUUCACGGAGAACUGGGACGACAAGAACGUGCUGGGCGAGGGCGGCUUCGCCACCGUGUACCGCGGCGUGAACGAGAACGGGCUGGUGGUUGCAGUCAAGCGCGUUAAGCUCAUGUCCAACGACUUCGAGACUGAGGUGCGGGCGAUGGCAACGUUGCACCACCCCAACCUGGUGCGGCUGCUGGGCUUCUGUCUGCACAUGGACGUGGAGACGGCCAAGCAGGAGCAGGUGCUCGUCUACGAGUUCGUUGCCAACGGGGACCUCGACCACCACAUCCGCUCCCCUAAAACCCCCAUCUGCACCCCUCUCCGUCCUCUCAUCCCCAGUUUCGGAGUGGUGCUGUUGGAGAUCCUUACAGGCAAGCCAGUCACCAUCGACAGGUCCUGCCACAUCGGCAAAUGGGCGUCCAUCAAGCUACACGACUACCAGAUAGAUGAGCUCAAGGACAAGACACUGACGGCCUCAGAGGACGCUGUUUUGGAGCUCGCAGACAUUGCCCUCGACUGCAUCAAGCGCCGCGCCGCCCACCGCCCUGAAAUGGCAGAUGUCGUGCUGCGAUUGGGCGCCAUGGUGCGCGAAUUCUGCCCAGCGGACAGACAGGAGGGAGGAGGAGGUGAGGGAGGAGGAGGAGGAGGAGGAGGAGGAGGAGGAGGAGGAGGAGGAGGAGGAGGAGGAGGAGGAGGAGGAGGAGGAGGAGGAGGGGAAAGGCCUGGGCGUUUUAGGCUGGGCCGAGCGCUUUCGACAGCGGAGGAUGAUAUGGAGAUGGGGGGGCACGGGGGAGGGGGUCACAGCCGCAUGGACGGGCGGUCCUCGGGGGCUAUGACGCUGCGAUCUGAGAUUGCAUCGCUGUGUGCGAACAGUGAGAUCAUGGAUCGGAAUCACAGCAGUGCCACCAUUAAUAAUGAUGACUCUAUGAUUGUGGCUGCUGCUGGCAGCAGCUAUGUUGGCCUCCAGCAGGGACCCUCCGCACGUGCAUUUCGUGCGUCCGAAGUUGCAGUCGCGCAACUGCUGCUGCCAGUGCACGUCGUCUACAGCAAGGCUCGCUGUCUCCCCCUGCAUCAUGGCGCGAGCUCCAGCAGCAGGGCGCGCAUCUUCUUCUGCUUCUCCUGUCGCGCUGCUGUUGGUGCGCGACCUCCUCCUGCUACUGCGGACGACCUGGUGCUCCUGCAGCGUUUGCAGCGUCUUGCGCAUGACUGCUCCGCCCUCAUUCGGCGAUUUGCCUCGCGUCAGCAGUCGCUGACGACCUGGCGCGAGUAUGCUACUGCAUCGGCGGCGGCCACCUGCUCUUGCUACUCGACGUCUGCAGCACCUGCUGCUCCUGGCGCGGGUGUGUGGCAUCUGCACGGCGACACUUGGCGCUUGGAGAGUGGCGGCAGCAUCCAGCGAGCGAGAGGGACCAGCACCAACUGA